AUGCUCCCUUCCCAGUCCUAUGGCAACAUCUCCUUCUUCCAGCCACCUGUUUUCCUGAUGGUUGGCAUCCCAGGGCUGGAGGCUGUUCAUGGCUGGAUCUCCAUCCCAUUCUCCGCCAUGUACACUGCGGCCCACACUGGAAACUGCCUGAUCCUCUUGGCUGUGAGGAGGACUCCCAGCCUGCACCAGCCCAUGUACUAUUUCCUGUCAAUGCUGGCCCUCACCGAGGUGGGCCUCACCUUGUCCACACUGCCCACCACCCUGGCUGGGCUGUGGUUUGACCAUCGGCUCAUUGGCUUCAAUGCCUGUCUGGUCCAGAUGUUCUUCCUCCACUCCUUCUCUGUGGUGGAGUCCUCAGUGCUGCUGGCCAUGUCGUUUGACCGUUUUGUGGCCAUCUCCAACCCCCUGCGCUAUGCAGCUGUGCUCACAAAUAAUGUCAUAAUCAGGAUUGGGCUGGCCAUUGUGGCCCGUGCUACCCUAUCUCUCUUCCCAGUGCCAUUCCUGCUUAAACGUCUGAACUUCUGCCCUAACAAGAUACUCUUGUCUCACUCAUUCUGUUUCCAUCCUGAUGUGAUGAGGCAGGCCUGUGCUGACAUCACCAUAAACAUUCUCUAUGGGCUCUAUGUGGUUGUGUCCACUGGGGGCAUAGACUCCCCGUUCAUUGUCCUGUCCUACACUCUCACUGGGCUGGCUUCUCCCCGGGAGCGCAUCCAGGCCCUCAACACCUGUGUCUCCCACAUCCUGGCUGUCUUUGUCUUCUACAUCCCAAGCACAGUAGUGUCCAUGAUCCACCAUUUUGGGAGGCACCUGCCCCACAUUGUUCAUGCUCUUGUUGCCUAUGUGUACCUGGUAGUGCCCCCUGUGCUCAACCCUAUCAUUUACAGUGUGAAAUCCAAGCCCAUCAGGGAGGCCGUGCUCAAGGUGCUGAGGAGGAGAGGCCAGAGCUAA